CUUCCCUCAUUCUGAUCUAUCUAAAGCAUGAAUUACUAAACCAGAUCAUAUCGGCCGGUUCAACCAGAAAAACUGGGAACCGGACCAUGGCCGAAACGGUAUAGCAAAGCCAAACGGCACAGGUUUGGGUACCGCCCGGUAUUACGUUUCAGACGGUGUGCCGCGAGAUACCACUUACCAGCCAGUUUUGAAAGUGCCAGCGGUUCUUGGGAGACGGCGAAACGUGGUCGUUUCAUUGCAGACGAAGCAAAACAAAAUUCCCUGAAGGAAAACACUAGGUCUUCGUCGCUGUUCGUUCGCCGCUCGUUGUUCAUCUUCAUCUUCUCCCGUUCGAGAACGCCAAGCUCAUCGUUUGUGCUCUCUGGUCCGAGAACGCCAAGCCCCAAGGUCGCCGAGUUCGCUACCCGUCAUUCUCCUCUGCCGUUCGUGCUAUCAUUCUCCGAGAAGUCGAGUCAGCCACCAGAGAAGCCGAAACAAGCUCGUCGUUUGUGCUCUCUGUUCUCCUCUGUCGUUCGCCCUGCCAUUCACCGACCCAGCAACCAGAGACCAUCGUCGUGACGUCUUCCCAGGGACCUGAGACCAGUGAUCACCACCGCAGCUUCAAAUUAGGUAAAGCUGCCUCGAUUUUCCUUUUACUGCCUAGGGUUUUGAUUUUUGAAUUCUGAUUAGAAAUCGAUUGUUCAUUCUCUGGUUAGGAUUGAAUAGUGUACGUAGCUUCCAUUGUGGAUUGGAAAUGAUUCUUUGAUUAGGGAAGGGCUACUAUUGUUCAUCCUUCGAUUGUUCAUUCUUCAUUCUAUGUUUACGCUGCUGCCGACACUAUGAGUUCAAUUUGAUUGGCUUUUUGUCAAAUGAUUUAUGGGUUCAGUUGUGAGAGAAAUGGCAGGGUGCUGCUAUGAGUUCAUUUUAAAUUGUUAUUUGUCAAAUAUUUAUGGCUUUUAGUUGUGAAAGAAAGAAGCAGCAAUGGGAGGCAAAGGAGUUAGGCGGCGAGAGAAGAACUACAGAGCUGCACAUGGAGGCGACAGCCGGCUCCCUCCCCCGCCUGAUGCAUCCAAUCACGACGCAGUUCCUUCGAAGCUCCGUCAAUUGAUGAACUUUGCUUCCACUCUUCACAAAGGCCCCCAUAAUCUUCCGAGUCCGACUGAAGAUUUGCAGGGAAGGAGUAAGCGGAGGAAAGGAAGUGGAGCUGUGGAAGCUCACCAAGUCGCAACCACGUCAAGGAAUGAGCAGGGAAACUUGGACAGUGAUGGCGUGGAAGCUGGUAAAGGUAAAAAGAAGAGCAAGAAGAGAAAGAGAAAUCAGGUGAAGGACCUCCGUUUCGAGACGCUGGUUGGGAACACCAAAACGAAAGAGAAACGAAAGGAGCGGACGAAGAAAUACUUGGAAGCAAAGAAGAAGAAGCACCGCAGAUCUGGUACUGAAGAAGAGACUGCGGAUUUUCCUGGCAAGGAAAAUGUGAAAUUUGGGGAUGUGGUUCAAGCCCCACCAAAGCUCAGUGUCCUGCCUAAGGGUGCAAAGAAGGUCAUUGAAGCUUCCCAAGAGAGGAUCAGGUUGCAGGCUAUUGAAGCUUAUAGGAAGCGCAAAGCUUGGAUAUCCAGACCAGGGCUUCAACUUCCUUCUGCAGCCCCAACAACCAUGCCAUAAGUCAGCAGGCCCCCUAGUGAGAAAUGUGAAUGAUUAUCACAUUUCACUCAUUUUGCCGUAGCUUGUUCAUCCAUUGACUCUGUCCUCCUUUGCUGUAUGAUGGUAAUUACUAGACUGGAGCUUACCUCAGUUUCAGGAUCGAUAGUUGGUGUUUAUCUGGAGUCUUCGAGCCCAUUGAAGCUGUUAUUUCUCUGUAUUUUGCAGUCCUUUAGUAACCAAGUUACUAAAGUAAGAUUUACAGAAAUCCGAAAGUGCAUUUUGAGUGAUGAAGAUGUUCUGGAUAUCCUGCUCAUUGCAAUUUGGGCACCAAAUGGAUGGCAAAUUUGAUGAGUAAGUGAACUGUCAUACAGUAGGAACUCGAUCCACGUGUGGGAUCGAUCUGGCUAUCCUACUCAUAAGCAAUUCCAUGAGUUAUGUUUUUGAAGGUUUGGGAUUGGGCCAAUAUGGGCUGGAGUUGGGGAUUAAUGGCUCAGACUAUUUGGCCAAGUAAAAGGCUUGCGAGAGGAAUUAAGAGAUUGACUUGAGCUUAAGUUGUCAAAACGGUUUAGAGCAUCCACAUCAAUGUAAUUGCAAAGUCAAUUGUAUAUGUAUUUUUUUAUGACACCUCAUAAUUUUUGCAAUCCAACUAAUUUAAAUUUUAUUGUUGCUACAUCAAUGUUAUUUCUUUGCAAUUGCAUGUAAAAUAAAUAAUGGUUUUUCUCCAAUAUAUUUUCGGAUAUUUA